AUGUAGGGGUGCAUUAGUUUUAAGUUGGUUUAUUCCUGUACCCCCCAUUCUGUUUAUGGUUCUGCCCGGGCUUUCUCUCUCUCCCCCUUCUGAAUUGUCCCGUCAGCUACAUUUUAUCUUUCCUAAAUUCCUCCCUAACUGCCUGUCUGUUAUUCAGGGUCCUUGCCCAUUCAUCCAGAACAUUCUGGCCUGGACAUUGAAUGAUUGGUUUAGAGGUCGGGAUUCAACCCCUAAUUUAUUUACACUGGACAUCUGAGCUGUUUGUUAUGCGAUAUUCCCUCCUCUCAAAAUUUUAGAUUGGUCGCUGUGUUCUAGUUAUAAGACCUUGCCGAGCAAGCUUUUUUGUCCGCGCCCGAUGCACCAUCAAUAAAACACCUCCUUUUUCCCUGUCGGCGUGGUCCAAAGCCUUUUCUCCCGUGGGACGCAGCCCAGCUUCUCUCCUCACGGCUCUGGGGGUUUCUCGCCCUUCUGAAGGCAUUCCGCCUUAAAUACCUCACUGCUGCCGGCGGUGCUGGCCUGUGCAGCCGGGCGAGUCAGAGACCAAGAGGUCAGCAGUAGCCGCUGCAGGUUGGCGUCUCAAACGUGGGGCAGUCCGACACCCUACGACAGAGAACCCCGGAGCCGACGGGCGCGAUCCGUUGGACUCCCAGAAAGUUUCUCGCGAGUCGUUAACCUACCCUGUGUGGGAGCGGACCCAUUUUCAUGGGUACGUCCCCACUUGGGGACUGGAACCGGCAGCUCCGUGCACCCUGGAGUCGAGUUCCUCCACGGGAGUCAAACCACCCCUGGAAACGUGAGUUCUUUUCCCUUUCUUUCUUCCUCUUCCCCCCCCCCCCCCACCUUUGUAACUUGCACCGGUUUUGCCCGGUCCACCGGUUUCGCCCGGCUCCCCGGUUUCACCCGGGUUUCUCGUUUUUCCCUAGCUGGCCAGCGUCUUGCCGGCGUAGUCCGGCUCCGGGGGGGUUGCCCCAAAGGUCUUUUCCUUCACGUUAUCCAGGGUUGGUGGGUUUGAGCUUUUUACCAUCUCAUAAUGGGUGCUCAUUUUACAAAAGCUCAAAAAAGGCAUUUUAACUUUGUUUCUGUUAUCCUUUCUCGGGGGGGUUUUGAAAAAAUAGAAAAAAAAGAAGUUCAAAAACUAGUCAUCUGGCUGUCUGCUCAGUUCCCAGAGCUUUCCCCUGAACAAAUUCACGAUUGGCAUUUUUGGGGACAAGUUUGUACUAAAUUAGGGGAAUUAACUCGAGCAGGAAAUUCUUCGCUUUCGCAGACUGCUUUCUGGGCUUCCCAAAUUAGGAAAGUUCUAAAGUCCCAGAAGAAACUGAGGGGGCAGCCGUCUGACUCCAGUUUUGUUCCCGGUUCAUCUUCUUCCUUUUGUUCUAAUCCUUCCCCCUCCCCCGCUUCCCCCAAGCGCGGAAUCCUGAAAGCAGCAGCCCGCGACAGCACCGCGCGGGGCUCAGGUCACUGCCCUGGCUCCUUUCGGGAAUCCCGUUCCCCCCGCCCGGGAAAUUCUGGCCAAACUUCCCGGGGUUCUCCCUGUCCACCCCCUCUUCCACCUAAGAUUGCUCCCAGUCGUAAAGGUUCAGUUCGUCUCAAUAUUUCCCCCCCCUCUCCUCCUCCUUCCCCGCCAUCUACCCCACUCUUCCAGGAUAGCUCACAAGGAGCCCGAAAUGGCAGACACUGCGGGGCACUUCCCACCGACAUUCCUUCUUCUUCCCAAAACCCACUUUUUCCUCGCCACGACUCUUUCUCUUAUCCGGUUUCCCCUCCCACUGUUCCUCCCUCCGCCCCUCCCCUCCCUUCUCCCGGUCCUACACCCCGCGGUACUCCCACUCCGGCAUCAGCGCCUCCCCCAUACCACGUCUCCCAGGCGGGGACAAAGUCAUCAUCCGUCUCCGCCCCCAUUCUUAUCUCUCCCCCUCCUUCUUCCCCUCUCAGCUCCGGUUCCCACGCUCCGUCCGGAGCCGCGGCGGGGGGGGCUGAAGGCCAUAUUCCAGAGCCGCCAGUCCUUUCAGCGGCACCGGUCACUUACCAGCCCGGGAUGGGGGGGGGGAACCAGCCCCAGUGGAGCCCGUUCCCACAUCACUCGAUAAAGGAGCUGUGCAAAGCCCAAAAAGACUUCUCCCGGGAGAGUGAAUACUUCCGGGGAAUUCUGAGAGCCACACUCUCUGACACCGUGGUCACCCCUGCAGAUUUAAGGCGGCUGUUCUCCUGUCUUUUGAACCCCACAGAAUUCCUGGUUUGGGAAAAACAUUGGCAGAGAGAAAUUGGUAAAAUCUUGCCCUCGCUGCGGGAGAACCAAGUGACAGCCACAGAUCUGCAGGGGGGUGUGUUAACAACCGACCACUUGUGUGGGACAGGGGCAUGGCAGGAUGGGCAGGCUCAAGCGUGGUAUGUUCCAGUGGAGGCUUUAAAAGAGGGAGCCAAAGCAGCCGAGCGGGCUUUCUUCACCUUACGGUCUCUUGUUGCCCCCUUAACAUCAUAUAUGAAAAUCAUUCAAGAAUCUAACGAGCCCUUUUUAAGCUUUGUUGAGCGCCUCCGCAGGGCGAUUGAGACGCAGGUCCAUGAUGAGUCGAUUAAGAGGGGAAUCCUCACUGAGGUGGCAGCGACGAAUGCAAAUCCAGCUUGCAAGGCCGCUAUCCUCAGCUUGCCGCUAGAUCCUCCCCCCACGCUGGAUCAGAUGCUAGACGUCUGUGACCGCAAACUCGCUAUCAUCGCGGGGGAACCCGACCAGCAACCCAGGGCUCCAGCUCGAAGGGUAGCUGCCACCGACCUGGAGGAAGUCACCACAGCUGCUGCUGCUGCCCCGUCCCGACAGCCCAACACACCAAAGCUGCAACCCCGGACGGAUGCGCCGUGUCACCUGUGCAACCAAUCCGGGCAUUGGAUGCCAGACUGUCCCCUGAGGCGGGAGUUUUACGAAUUUAAAAAGAAACACCGGCCUCAGGGGACCCCACAACACCAACCAAAAAACUAAAUUGCAAGCGCGCCUCCUCCCCGCGCCACGAUAAAAAUAGGGCAGGUGUCACCAUUCCACCACGCGGGGAAAGGGGAAGGGAGGGGGACCUCCAGCAGGACCUGCCGGUUGCCACAGACUCUAAAACUUUACCAGACUUAACUUCUCACGAACCUAUUUCUGAUCUUUUUCAGGCGGUACCUCGGCCAGUCCUAACAACUACCUCCAGGACGACCCCCUUUCGGUUGCAGUUGACGGAGCCGCUCCAUCUUAUUGACUCAAAUAUCCAACUCGUCUCCGUCAGCCCGGAGUGCCCAGAAAGCCCGAGAAUGUCCGUCCCCAUAACCCACAUCGAGCUGAUCAUUUUCUGGAACUUUUUUGCCAUCGCGAGCUCAUGGAUUGUCCCUCAACCCAAGCAAAACAUUUGGAAGAUGCUCGCUGGCGCCCUCGGCAGAGAUCAUUUGUGCCUCUCCGCCACCUCGGCAGCAGACCCCUUGUCGACCUGCCUUGUGGGGAUCCCGCUUCCUCCAAAAGAGUUUCCCGAGCCCCUUUACUCCUUCCUUGAACCCCUUUCCCAAAAUAAAGUUUUCAGUCCCUCUAGUCCCAAUCCCAAUCCAAUCUGGAGGAGGCUAAUGUCCAAAUUGAAUAUAUCUAAAUCUGACCCCACCGAAUUUAAAUUGCUCGGCUCCGCGUCAGCAAAUUUGUGUGUUCAAUUUUUCCCUUCCCGCGACCGCUACGAAAAAUCUUUUACACCAAUUAUAGAACAGAAUCAAAACUACGCGGCAGGGAAUUGGUGUUCUGUCACCUCUCAUAUUACCACCCCCAUCUCAUUUGACGAUAAACCCAGAUCCCUCCCUAACGGCGUAUUUUUCAUUUGCGGAAACCGAGCAUGGGCAGGUAUUCCCCCUCGCCUUCUAGGAGGCCCGUGUACAUUUGGACGGCUGACGCUGUUUGCUCCCAACAAUUCCCAAAUUAAAGAUUGGAAGGAGAAAAUUGUCGCACACAAUUCAGUCCGCGUAGCAAGAGACCUUAAAGAUUUAGAUGAACAGUGCGACUCCAAAAUUGUUCAUUGGUCAAAGCCAGAAGGUGUCGCAUGGACAGUGUUUCUCCCAUGGGUGUCUAUUGCAAAGUCUCUAGGUGAAUUAGCUCACCUGGAGUGUUGGGUAGCCAGACAGGCCAAUUUUACCUCAGCCGCUCUAAGCAACCUCCUAGCAGACGAGGAAAUAACAAGGCAGGCGACUCUCCAAAACCGGGCAGCAAUAGACUUCCUAUUGCUGCUUCAGGAUCACCGGUGUGAGGAGUUCGAAGGGCUCUGCUGCCUCAAUUUAUCAUCCAAAGCCGGGGACGCCAGAAGAUCUAUUGACCAAAUGAAGGGAAUGAUCAGCGACAUUAAGGAGAAAACAUCAGACUGGUUGGGAGACAUCUUUACGGGAUGGGGUCUCUCGGGCUGGGUAGUCUCUAUUUUGAAAACUGUUGUUUUAGUCCUUUUCAUUUUACUAGUCAUUUCAAUUGCAAUUUCUGUCGUUUGGAGAAUUCUUAGAAGGCUUAUAGUUAAAUCGAUGUCUGCUUUAGAAGUGAAUCGGGUGGUAGUCGAAGAACAGAUUAUGGACGAAAGUCAAGAAGAAGGUGCCGAAGAAGACGAGCAGUUAAAAGACCACCCUGGGUCAGAUGAGUCCUCAGAAGAUGAUGUUUAAGUUACCCCACUCCUCCUUUUUCUUUUUAAACAAAGAAGGGGGAAAUGUAGGGGUGCAUUAGUUUUAAGUUGGUUUAUUCCUGUACCCCCCAUUCUGUUUAUGGUUCUGCCCGGGCUUUCUCUCUCUCCCCCUUCUGAAUUGUCCCGUCAGCUACAUUUUAUCUUUCCUAAAUUCCUCCCUAACUGCCUGUCUGUUAUUCAGGGUCCUUGCCCAUUCAUCCAGAACAUUCUGGCCUGGACAUUGAAUGAUUGGUUUAGAGGUCGGGAUUCAACCCCUAAUUUAUUUACACUGGACAUCUGAGCUGUUUGUUAUGCGAUAUUCCCUCCUCUCAAAAUUUUAGAUUGGUCGCUGUGUUCUAGUUAUAAGACCUUGCCGAGCAAGCUUUUUUGUCCGCGCCCGAUGCACCAUCAAUAAAACACCUCCUUUUUCCCUGU